GUCACUUAUCUGUCACCGUAUUUAUUUUACUGUUGUUUACAUUGCAAAAUUUAAUAUUUACACAUUGAAUUAUGGAAAUUUAUUUAUCGUUUAGCGACAAAAAUUGGCAAUAAUGAUUUAUUUUUUACUAUAUUUGUACAAAUGAUAGUAAACGUUCAUCAAACCUACAACUGUCAUUAAAACAUUCAAAAUGGGAGACGUCGUAUCUCAAGUUGUUGAAGACCAACAAGUAAAUACCUUACUGACUCAAGAAAUUUGCAAUUUAAGCUACGAAGAUCUUCUAAGCUUAGUCGGAGAGCUAAAUAUUCUCUCACAAAAGUGCCUCGACACCAAAGGUAACCAGCUGAUUUUUGCUGUAAAAAAAGGCUCGGAUUCCACCGUUUUUUGGAAGGCCACCGUUCAAAUAGCGUGUUGUAGGGUGGAUACACAAACGCAGAAAGUUCAGUCGUACAGGCUGCUCAAUUUAGGGCAAUUUUUAAAGGUUUUUAAAACGUUUCAGUGUCAAGUUAUGGCAGCUGAGCAAUGCAGAAAAAGAUUUUACAUGUAUUUCAGUGAUAGCUCUGCCGCUCCAAACCCAGAAGUGUCUUUUUCAACAAUUCUACAAGACACCGUUGAUUCCCCUGUCCCUUCAGAAUCUCCAAACGAAUGUAUAAUUUGUUUUGAGCGGAAGCAAGACAUUACACUGCCCUGUGCUCAUAGUUACUGUACAUUGUGUAUAGAAGAAUGGAACGAGAGCCACGAUACUUGUCCAAUUUGCCGAGAAAGGCUCGAUAGUCCAAGUGAUACGUGGGUUAUCUCGGAAGUUCCCAAAGCAGAGGAAAUCAGUGAUGAAAUAAGGGAUAGUUUGUUGGAACUCAGUGAGGAGAAGAACUCUAUUUGCACCACUUCUUAAAAUUAUCUUUAUAUUUGACUAAUAUUUUUUACUUUAUUGUUAUAUACUAUAUAGUAUUUGCUAGUUUAUUGUUCCUUAAUCUUGUAGUAUUUUUAAGGCUACCCAAACAUUUUACAAAUAUUGACUAAAUAUAAUAUGUUUAUUUAAA